UAAUAAACUCUUUCUUUAUUUAAUUACGCCUUAGCUUCCGUGCCUAAUCACAACUAGUUAGGCACCAUUAACUCCUUACACUAAAACCAUUUUUUAACAUGACUCCAUUACUCUCCCUCUAAUCAACCUUCCUCCUCCGCCGCCGCUACGGCCUAUACCAACCGUGACCACCACUAUAAAUUAGUGUACCCACCGUCCUAUCAUAAUCUGUUUUAAGAUCUUACCUUUCCCAUAUUAUAUAUAUAUAUAUAGGUAAUAUACCAAAAUUUAUCCUUCUUCAAAUAGAUAUUUUGUCUCUGUCGAACCGUAAAGAAAUGUGUCUUCCAUUUCGACCGGUAUCCAAAACCCAUUCUUUCUCGUCUUCUUCUUCCACUAUCGCAACGCGUAUGAUAAAUUGCAUACUACUUUUCGCAUUCAUUUUCUUGGUCUACCUCCUCAUCUCCGCCUCAAGGCUUCAAUCUAAAACCUCAAUUCAUGCCUACUUCUCAUCUUCUGAUCAAGAUCAAUCCAAGAGCCUAACAAAAAUCAACCACAUCGUCUUUGGGUUAGGCUCAAGCACGAACUCUUGGCCUGCGCGUAGAGAAUACGUUAAGCUUUGGUGGGAUGCUCAGAAAAUGAGAGGCUGCGUCUUCGUUGACCACCCCUUGUCGUCUUCGGAGAACCACACAGAUUCUGAUCUCCUUCCUCCGAUUUGUAUUUCCCAAGAUACUUCUCGGUUCAGGUACACUUGGAGAGGUGGUGACAGAAACGCGAUCCGAAUUGCGCGGUGCGUUCUAGAAACUGUCAGGCUAUUCAACGCUUCCUCAGAAGAGGUAAGAUGGUACGUGUUUGGAGACGACGACACAAUAUUCAUCCCAGAAAACCUCGCUCGAACGCUAAUUGAUAGUAGGCAUUUGUUAUUACCGAAUGCUUUGCGGACACAAGAGACGUUCCGGCCGUGGGGACAAUCCGGAUACACAUUCAACACAAGAGAGAUUCAUCCUGAUCCUUGCCAAAGACCUGUCACUUUCUACAUGCAACAUGUUUCUUCUAGUCGCCAUAAUGGAACCAUUGAAAGUGUUUACACGCAAGCUUAUGAGAAUUGCACCUACGAUCCCAUUACGUCGCCUCGCAAAAUCCAAGAGAUUAGAGUGUUUUCAAAAAGACUCGAUCUCGAUAUCAGACAAUUGAAGGCUCCCAGAAGGCAGUGUUGUGAAAUUUUACCUACUUCUUCCACUGGUGGCAAAGUAAUGGAAAUUGGACUACGAGAGUGCAAAGAGGAUGAGCUCAUCUAUAUGCAUCCCUAGCUAUAAUUUCACCGUAACUAUAUAUAUACACUAUACUUUUUUCGGUAUUACCAUCCCAACCAACAAAUUAGUUUUAGUUCAUAUACUACUCAUAGUACUCAAAAUUAAUAUAUGUUGUUAAGUGGCUGGUUGCCUUUCAGCUUUUGAGGGCUUUAAUUUGUAGUUACACAUUUUUGAUAUAUUCACCGGUCGUAAAAAUU